CGAUCACAUGCUUUCCCAUUGUUUCUAAAUCUCUGACCUUGCACAAUGCCAGUAUGAACCCUCAAUAGAUCAUCAAUACAGUAAUUAUGUUCCAGCGAAGCACUGUCUUCGGGUUAUGGUAGUACUCACGAGGGCAAAUAUCGAAAAUGAUUUUCUCCAUCCCCCAAUAUCCAGCUACUACGGUAGUGCUGGCAAUACCUGUUUGAUACUGGAAGAAAGCCAGGAAACCCACAAAACCGAAGGUGAAUAACUCGCUAUGCAAGUAGUGGAGUAGCACAGAGUAGUGAGAGAGAUGCCACCAUAGGCAAAAACCAUGAGCGAGAAGGAGACCAACAAAGAAACGACGGCGGCAAUGGCGGAGUCGGACGCUGCCGAGAAGAAAAAGUCGGUGUCAGGUGGAGGCAUGGCAAAAGUCGGAGCCUUCCCCGUAUCGCCUUCUAGUGAAGCACAAGCGCCACCCAGGAUGGAGAAACAGCCCACAAUUGCACGCAUCGACGACGCCGAUGAUUGUCAGGAUGAUGAAGCCAAGACUGAAGAAGCAAGUAAUGUUGCCAAGAGAGCAACGGAUGACCAACCCAACACAGAAGCAGCUAUUUCCAAAGCAGCGUACGGAACAAACGGUCACAGCCUCCACGAGGGAAUUUCCAAAGAGGCGUACUGUGGUCACAGUGCUGACAAUCCGGACGAUGUAGGCACCUCUGGCAACUCGAACGUCAAAGAGGCAUACCGAAGUAAAAAAUCGGAUGCUGAUGAGAAGAAAAAGUCUGUGUCAGAUGGAGGCGUGGCAAGAGCGGGAGCCUUUGCUGUAGUGCCUUCUAGUGAAGCACAAGCGCCACCCAGGAUGGAGAAACAGCCCACAAUUGCACGCAUCGACGAGGCCAGUGAUUGUCAGGACGAUGAAGCCAAGACUGAAGAAGCAAGUAAUCUUGCAAAGAGAGCAAACAAUGACCAUCCCGACCCAGAAGAAGCUAUUUCCAAAGCAGCGUACCGAAUGAGUGGUCACAGCCACCACGAAGGAAUUUCCAAAGAUGCAUACCGUGGUCAAAGUGCUGGCAAUUCGGACGACGCCGUUGCCAGGGGCAACUCGGACGUCAAAGACUCAUACCGAAGUAAUAACGGUCGCAGCUCUCCAGACAAUGUUAUUGCCAGAGGCACUCCCGACAAUGCUAUUGGACGUCAUCCCGUGUUGCACAGUCUGCAUAGUCUGCAUUUGAUCAAUCAGUACAGCGAGGCGCUGUCAGACGUGGAGGAUAUCAUGCCUCUCCCCUCCCUGGCGCCACCCCCGGCUCCUUCCAAUCCGGGAGCCUUUCCCGUAGAACGAGCACCCAGUCGCAAUUUGCGAUUGCAAAUUCCAUCGUUCAAUCGUCGUCGACGGUCGUCCGGUAACCUACUACACUUGAUGACUCGACGAUCCUCGGGUAACCUAAUGGGAGGACCAAGAACAUCUCGAGGUCAGGACGGGAUUACAUCCUCCUAUAUUGCCACCAAUGUCACGGCGCGUCUUGUUACAGAUGAAGACGACAAUGAAAUGCUACGCAAUCAAUUGGAGAGUUUCCGCAAUUUGCCGACGGCUGAAAUCGUCACGCAAAAUGAAAACGCUGCGAAAAUUGUCAAAUGCGCCGCCGUGGGGAUAGCCGCCGUCCUCAUUGUUGUGAUUGUUGUCGUUGGAGUUGUGGUGGCCACCAACGGUGGUGACGACAACCCCGAUGUUGUGAUUUUUGGAUCCGAUGGUACGAUGAUCGGGUCCACCAUCGAUAAUAGCAGCAGCAGCACAACAAGUGACGCCUUACUACAACCUACCUUGAAAAUGGUCCGAGAACGAGGUUCCCUUCGAUGCCGCGGGGAAAAUUAUGAAAUGGCACAAGGCCACGGAUUGAGUGUCGAGCUCUGCAAGGCACUGUCGGCGGCCCUCUUUGGUCAAGACACGAGCAACAAUCGCACCGAGUACGUCUUCAUGACAUUUCGAGAUCUUUGGAAUGCCCUCGAUAAUACCACGGUCGAUGUCUCCACCGGACAAGUCACUUACAACAUGGCACGAGAUGUAUAUGAAGAAGCCUCCCAAAUGCCAAAAUCGUUUUCCGCCCCCUGGUAUUAUACCGGAGCCGUCGUGGCAGGGCCUGCCGAUUUGGUCGAUUGUGCCAAUCGCGGAGAUACACUGACCGGUGUUUGUAAAGAUUUGAUUGUCUGUACGGACGAAGGAUCGACGACCAAUGAUAUCAUUCAGGAACUUUUGGACGGAUCGGCCAUUCAUUUGGUGAAUGGUGUCGAGAAUUUAUUCCCGGCAAUCUACGAAGGCAGUUGCAACGUGUUGGCGGGAGAGCCACAAUACAUUACCGAAGAUCGGGUCCGGAGUCAAGGAUACACCGGGGAUUACGUCAUGGGAUCCGUCUUUUUUUCCAAAGAUCCAUUGGCCAUGGCAACCCGCGGCGACGAUCCACUGUGGACGGACUUUUGCAAUGCCGUGUUGCAAGCACUGUUGACGGCCGAGUCGCAACACAUUACCCAAGCCAAUGCCAGUUUAUUCCCCCAAACCGAAUUGUUUGGACCCGACAUGAAAGACAUGUUCCGUCACGCCAUUUCUGCCGUGGGCAACUGGGGGGAAAUGUUUGACCGCACGUUCGGACUCAAAUCGGAACGGACAGGAAGAAACCUGCUGAACCAGCCAGAAGACGAAGGCGGUCUUUUGUUCUCUCUUCCAUUAUCCGUAUUGGACUUUAAUCCACAAUUCCAAGAUGAAGUCCUUCCGAGCGUGCUUGCAAAUGAUACGUUGGAAGCCAUUGGUCAACGACAUUUCUUGAGGUGUGGAAUCCUGCCCAACCGGCCAGGCUUUGUGGACGAGGUUGCCACUUCCAACAGCAGCAGCUCCUCAGAAGAAACGGAACAAAUGUUCUUACACAAUAAUCGAACGUGGACUGGAAUGGACAUUGACCUGUGCCGCUGUUUGUCGGCGGCAUUAUUUGAUGAUCCCGAUAUCAUUGAGUUUGUACCUUUGGAGGACCCAGUGUCAGGUUUUACGGCUCUUGCCGGAGACAUCGUGGAUGUGGUUGUUGGCAUUCCCUAUACAUUGGAAGCGGACAUUUUGGAGCCAUCCACAAAGCAGGGUUAUCAGUUCAGCCCAACCUACUUUUAUGGUGAUAAUGGUGAUAUGAUGCUUUCGAUGGUCACCAGUCAAAAUGCAACGCAAUGGUCCGACUUUGUACGAUGGAUUGUGUAUGGUUUGAUCCAUGCCGAAGAGGAGGGAAUUGGGAUGAAUGAUGCCGCUACGAUGCCCACGGUAGACCUGUUUGGUCCAACCUACAAGCUCAUGUUUCGGUUGAUGGUGUUGCACUUUGGAAACUACGGUGAUCUAUACCAAAAGCAUUUGGAAACGCUGAUACCAAGGACAGGACACAAUCUUUUGAACAAUGGAAGCACACCGUUGCUCAAUCCACUUCCCAUGGCUCAAUUUAUUUAGAACUUUCGAGAAAGUUGGAAUUGUUCCAGCUAGCUAGCUAGAGUACUGUAGAUUGUCGAGAUCUGGCGGCCCGGUUAAAGCUUUGAGCAAAAAGGUUGCUCGCAUUGGUUUGUUGAACUCCAAAUCCAAUUUUAGGCAGGUGAAAGAGUGUUUGGACUGGAGAGUGUGUGGGGUUGUCCCGCAUGAAACAAAGCUAUCGUGGUAGCACGAUGAGAGUCGAGUCGAGUGACAGUCAUGCCAUACCUGGUACAAGGCUGUCAGGAUCGCGGCAUCGAUGUACCGUACGGUAGGGAUGCGCAGAGGAUUAGUUUAGUGUCUGAUGUUCCUGCCCCGAGAAACGAAAGGGGGCACUCGCUCGGAAGGAUUUGCGCGAGGAGACGACCCUUCUGAAAAUGACGCUGCAUCCUUGUGCUUCGCUUUGUCGUUGAAUUGAAGGCACUUUCAACUACCGUACGUCUAUCCAUCUAUCUAUCUAUCUAUCAAGACGGACUACUCAAAUAAUUGUUCGAUUUCGCUACUACCGGUAGUAAAGUACCGUAAGGCAUUCCAAAGGAAAGAGAAAGUGGUUUUCAAUGCCUGAUACAAGGCGACCAUGGUCAUGAGUUGCGCUCCAGUUCCCAAGGCCCCGUUUUUUGUUGGCUCGACCCCGGGGUAAUUGCCAUACGUACGAUGGGGAACUACGGGAAGCCGUUCUGCCGCCUUGGUCGUAUACCAGUGAAUCAAGUCGUUGGGCGGCAAAAACGAGAUGGGGUGCAACAAAUGGUGCAUUUGUGGCGACUGUUCUGGAGUGUUGACAAGCACAAUCUGUUGGACCAGUCGCAGUCCUUGCACGAGCCACGGAUUCUUCUCGUUGUUGUUUUCGUGGGCAUGCUGUUGAGAGGCGGCGGCCACGGCAAAGAGUCGCUGCCACGGCGCCAGCAUGGGACGGUUGUUGCUACUAAUGGUGUACGUUGUGGUGGUGCUCUUGAAUGACACUCGUUGCGUUGUUUUAUUGUUGUUGCGGUUGUUGGCACUACUCCGAUUGCUCAAACUGCUCCGCAUCUUUUUGGCCGUGUGUUGUUUCUUGUUGUCAGUAGUAGAAACACCAGAGGUGGGGUUUUCUUGUGACGAGACCAACGAGCCAUCGGCAAUGCGCAACUCCUGGAGUAGACUGCAAAAGACUUGUAGAAAAAGCUGUCGACACGAUGCUCUCAUUCUGUUUGUCGCAGUCGUCUGCUGUCCUCCAAAGAGCAUUCUCUGCCACACACAAAAGACGGCAUCGACGUUCGAGUCUUCGUCAUCAUUCUUGUGUUGCCGCAACGAGUCUCUUGCCCAGUCUGCAAUCCAUUGAUCGGGAGCCGGUGGUGUCUUUUGCUUCUUUUUGGUCUUGGUGGCUUUUCUCGUUGUCGCAGUAGAAGUUUGCUUCAUUUUGUGUGCGACAUCAAACGCAAAGGAGACUUGCUGCACCAAAUGAUUUGUCAAGGCAUCCAAUGCCGUCUUGUUUUUGUUAUUGUUGGCAAUUCGAAUGGCCAUGGUCAUCAUGGCGUCCAAAUGCUCUCGUUGCUUCGAUUGGACCUCCAUCAUACUACUACUAGUAGUAGUAGUAGUAGAAGUCGGUGUAGCAC